UCUGUUUCAAUUAAUUUACGUCAAGUCAAAAGGAUAAUGAACAUAAUUAAACUUAGAAAGAACUAACCAAGAAUCGUAUCAUCAUUAAUUUCAAUAUAAAGCUAAUAUUGACAAAUCUGGAAAUCGACUGCCCUUUAAAAACUUUAAAGAAAUACAAGGAAUGGCUUCUGUGUGCGUUCUACUAUUUCUGCUCAUGUUGCCAUUCAGUGAAGAAAUGAACCACAUAGACACUUCCAGGAAAGAUAAGACCAACUGGUUUAAAUACGUAACGAGAGAGGUCUACGAAUCGCCGACAGCCAAAAGAAAAAAAGAAUUCCCGUACGAGUAUGAGCCGUUCCUUCACUGGACAGGGAACGCCUACAAGGACGAGAAAGUGAUCGGGGGAAUCACCAACAGAAUCGACGGGUAUUUGGAGAGGGACGAGAGUCACGCAGCGCCGCAAGAUGUCAGCAUCCGAGACAGACCACAGCACGUCUACAGCGCUGAGAUCGAUUACGCAAACAUCUUGGCGACCCUCUUCGUGAAGCUCGUGGCGUCGACUGUCCUCACGACCUGGUUCCUGGCGGCCGGGACCAUCCUCUACGGCCUGGCUGUUCUCACGGGCACCACGCAGGUCUUCGGACAGGACUCCGUCAUCGGAUAUAUAUACAAGACGCUGCCCUUCGUCGAGGCCAUUCUCAGGGGGGAGUCUAGUUUCUCUAGGUGAACACUGAGAGAGAGAG